AUGUCUUACCAAAAGCCAGAGAAGGAGUUCGGCGAGGGCCCAAAGCAACACAAGAUCAGAAUUACCCUGACCAGCCGAAAGGUCCAAUCCCUCGAGAAGGUCUGCCAGGAGCUCAUUGAGCGCGCAAAGUCCAAGGACCUCCGCGUCAAGGGCCCUGUCCGCCUCCCAACCAAGACCCUCAAGAUCACCACCCGAAAGACCCCUUGCGGUGAAGGAUCAAAGACCUGGGAUACUUUUGAGAUGAGAAUCCACAAGCGAUUGAUUGAUCUCAACGCCCCAACAGAGGUUGUCAAGCAGAUCAUCAUCAACAUCGAGGCUGGUGUUGAGGUUGAAGUCACGAUUGCUGCUUAA